AGCGAAAAACAGAGCGGGUGAGAGGCGUACAACUGGAGGUAAAGCAGGCAACAGAAACCGUCGACAGAGUAGUGCAGGCAUGCUAAUGUUGUGAACGCCAAAAGCAUAAAUAUAUAUAUAAAAGAAAGGCUAAAUGACUCAAGGCGGAGUCACCGUCGUCCCUGACUCCAUUGGCUAACAGCGUGCGUAAUCCAUCUAGCCUUUAUAUAUAUCUAUGGCUAAAAGCUCAACUUCUCGUAACAAUAGGGAACAGCUCUGCUUGUGAACGCAGCUUGAUUUGCGCUGAACGCAUGGCAUCCAACUACAAACCCUUUUAUCACAACUUUAAAUGGAUCGUGCACAGUAUUUCAACAUUAUCCAGCGCUGUGUUAAAUGAAAGCAAGGUAGAAAAAAUGUGGCUAAUUUCUGUUAGUAAAUAAUGUGCAGCAAAGGUAAGUCUCACCGGGUCUUUAGCAUCAUCUUCUCCAUCUAAAUCCUCGGAAGUUCUCUUUUUCGAGACAGGCGAAAAAAAAGAGUUGAUUGUCUUCUGUCCGAUCAUUUUAGCAAAAUACAACCUGUCGAUAAGCUGCUGUAAAAUCAGUGUCUCAAACAGAAAGAUGCUGAGGGAGAAAAUGCUGUAUUCCUCACGCCAGCCUAAUCUCAACCACGGUAAUUGGCGCCAAAACAACGUGACGAAAGCGGAUAUUAUUAAAAUGAGCUGAGCGCUGUUCAAAACAAACUGUCAGUGUUCACGACAGUUUUAGUUUUGUGAUCGGGUGACAUUUGACUGUUUUUAGCCGCAGUGUAAGAUGCUGUGCAGAUGGAAGGUAAAACUUGAUUAAGCAAGUAAACAAAACAAGCCCAGAUUUGGUCCUUAAACAUGAUUAUUGGCUGCUUGCGUUUGACUGAUAGGAUAGUUUGCAAAUGAAGGUUUGAAUAUGUCUUAUGUUCGUGUAGGCCUAUAAUGAGGGGGGAGCUCCGUAUCCUUUCCCCAUAUUUCCACAUUUUGUGGACAAAACUAUAAGUUAAUGGAUAAUAAUCAAUGAAUUUACUUUGAAUAUAACAGGAAGCUGUAGCCUUGGGCUACCUGUAUGGUGGCCGGGAAACGCCACUGCUGCGAAUAAAAAAGAAUGCAAAAAAAAAAAAAGUCACAACGGAAGUUACAGAUUUAAAAAAAAGAAAGAGAAACUGAAGCCUGCUGCAAAUAAAAAAAAAGAAACGGUGGAGGCACACAAGAUGACAUCAAGAAGACGAGCAAAGGAGUAGGUGGGUUAAUUUUGCUUCGUGUGCUUUUCAAUGUCUGAUUUGGUUAGACCAUGUAGCGCCUGAGUUGAUAUGAAGUUGAACUAAAGCUAACACUACAUCCGGCAUCCUCCCGUUCAACUUCAUAUCAACUCAGGCGCAACAUGGCCUAACCAAAUGACACAUUGAAAAGCACUCGAAGCGAAAUCUAACAAUAACCUUUCCACUAACUUCUUUGCUCGUCUUCUCACCGUUGUCUUCUGUGUCUAGAUCGUAAAACACCAGUGCAUCAUCAUUAUCGGUCCCUGGCAGCUCACUUCUGUUGUGGCUUAUUUUAUUUGCAUCCUUUUAUUUUCACAGUAAGAAACUUUUUUUUCCAUCGCCACUUUUUUUUGGUGCGUCAACUUUCAUUGUGGCUUUUUUUUUAUCCGCACCGUUUCUUUGUUUUUAUUUAUCUUAUUUUAUUUUUUUGCAUCAGUAACUUCUGUUGUGUCUUCUUUUUUAUUUUUAUUUUUUAUUAGCAGCAGUGGCGGUUCUCGGCCACCGUAUACCUGAAUUAGAGAGAACAAAACUUAAAAAAGAACAUAUCUCAUGAGGUAUGCUAGCAUUCAAGUUGUUUAUUUUCACAUUUAGGUUUUAAACCCUGUUUAAUCAGUCUGUUUAAAGCAGUUAAUUUCACUGCAUCACUUGCCUUUCUUUAUCCAGAUUGCUUGAGGGGAAUUGUCAACAUCAGCUUUUCAGAGUGCCAGUGACAGCGCAUUACUGGGAUGAAAAAGUUUUUGGAAGGAGGGGAGAAAGACUCCAGUGACGUAAACAGUCCAUGCAAGAGAAUCAAACUGGAGAGUGAUGAGAGCAUGAAUCAGGAGGAGGAGGAGGAGGAUGACCAAGCAAUAUUAGCAGAGUUUUCUCAUCCCGUUCCUUGGCAGAAAAUAGAGGCAGAGGGACUGGACUGUGAUUAUGCUCUGCUGUUCUCCAAAGAGGAGGCAGACAAGCUUUUUCAACAACUGGAGGAGGAGGUGGUGUACUCAACAGGUACAGCCCUAAUUCUUUUUCACUUAAGUGUUAAUGUUGGAUUUUUGUUUCAACAACUGUGGCUGUUUUUGCUUCAGGUGAGGAAGCAAAGGUGCAGGUGUUUGGAAAGGUGUACAACAUACCGAGAAAGCAGGCAACAUAUGGAGAUGAAGGUCUGACCUACACUUACUCUGGAGUCACCCGUUUAGCCUGCCCGUGGACUCCAACCUUGGAACACAUUAGGGAUGCUGUCACAAAAACAACAGGACAAACAUUCAACUUUGUGCUGAUAAACAGGUAAGAAUCAGGACUUCUUGAAGUCAAAAUCAGUUAUUUGUGUCUCUGCUAAAAGUGUUGAAUCUCCCUACCAGAUACAAAGAUGGCCAGGAUCACAUGGGGGAGCAUCGUGAUGAUGAGAAGGAGCUGGACCCCCUCUGUCCCAUUGCCUCUGUCUCUCUGGGAGCAGCACGAGACUUUAUAUUCAGACACAGAGAUGCUCGGGGGAAACAGAGUCAUCGACAGAUUGCACCUGUGAAGCUGGAGCUUGCUCAUGGAAGCCUGCUUCUCAUGAACUCUCCUACCAACACGUUCUGGUACCACAGCCUCCCUGUUCGUAAGAAGAUUAUUCAGCCUCGCAUCAACCUCACCUUUAGACGCAUUGUAGCCAAAAGAAAUGACCAAGUAUGAAAUAAUCGUAUAAAUGGCCUAAAUUUGGCCUUAAAAAAAUUAAACAGCAUUCAUGGGCACAAGGGAGAAAUGUCACAGAUAUACUACCAGUUUUUUUUUUUUGUGACAUGAUUGAAUGACAGCAAAAGGGGGAAAAACUUGAACCCCGUUUCAUAGUCAGUUAAACUGGUGUUUUCCUAGUUGCUGCAGUAAUGGACAGUAAUGACACCAGUGUGCUCAUGAAUGGCUCAUGUCACAGGGAAUGAAACUCUCAGAUGACUUGGUUGACAACUCAGAAAUAAAAGCAGCCUUGGGUCAGAUGGAUUUAAAUAUCGCCAAGUAUUUUAAAUUCCUGCUACUUCUUAUAAAACUAAUCUUACAGCUGACUCAGUUUAAGACAAGUUAGAUUUCAAUGCAAUGCCGUCUAAGGAGUUGACGGUCACAGGCAUUCUAUGUUGGUUUUCGGCCCUGCCACUCACAUGCAGAGUUUUCUCUGGAUUCUCUGAUUCUUUUGUCAAUAUUAUUGACUGUAGAUGAUGAAAUCCCAGUUUCUGGAUUGACAAACUUUGUUCUUAAAUUGAUGCUCCCUUUAUACCCAAUCAUAACACUCACCUGUUUCCAGUGAACCUGUUCACCUGUUGAAUGUUCCAAACAGGUGUUUUACAUUUAACCAGUCUCUUUGAGGACCUGUCCGUAGUCAUCAUUUUUUUUCAUGGAUUUUGAAUGAGGCCUCCAUUUUUUUACGAUUUUUGAGUCAGGUCCUCAUCAUCCAUUUGAACGUGGAUGGUGGACUUAUAGUGCCCCAGCCAUUGAAUGAAUAGUCCCAAAGCACCACAGCAACUCAGGUGUUGUCUUAACAACUAAUUAUCACCCUUAUAGUUAAAAAGGCCCAAACUAACAAGUGACACAGUAAAAUAAGCUGGCUCUCUUUUCUCUCUUUCUCCCAGGACAAAAUUCAGGUUUAGCUGAAAACAAAGUCACAUUGCUAAUGCAAGUGAUGAAACUUAAUAACUGUAGCCACGGUCUAAAGCAGCCCUUCUAUUUGUUCAAACACAUAUAAAAUAGUAUAGGCUCAAAUAGAAUCUAUGAUGUUGGAGGGGACAAUUUAGAUUAAAGUGGCUGUAUCAGUCAUUCUACCACUCUAGAUUAAAGAGAAGAAGAGCUGCGCUUUACUACAUAGAUAUUCCCCAAAGAGUUUAGUCCUUGGCUUUUUCUUAAAGGUGGGAGGAGACACUACAGACCUGACAGUGUGGUAAUUCAUUCCACCAGCAGGGGGCAACAGAGGAGAAGAGUCUGGUCAGUGACUAUAGGCCCUGUUUUAUUGUCUUUGAAUUGUAAUGAGUUAUAUGCUAUCCACUGUCUGACAUCCUACAUGAACUGAAGGAGGGAUUAAGGUGAAUUUUUGAAAUUGCCAGAAAGGUUAAAUGAGAGGUAAAAAUGAGAACCAUCUGCAAAGCAAUGGUACGAAAUAUUCUGUUUGUUUUUUAUUUUAUUUAUUUUUUGUUUUUUUUGUUUUUUUUGAAGAUGGAGCAUGUUUAAAGUGAACAAUGCAAGUGAACAAUGCAGAUCCAAAUACUGAGCCUUGAGGGCAGAUGAAGAGAAAACCAUAUUAUGUCUCUUCUACAUCUCACUCGUGUGAAGAUUUUAUUUUCAUUUUAGCUGCUGUGCUGACAUUAACUCCCCCAUUAAUUUUAAAUAGUCUCUGAAAAUAAACUCCUUUGUCAAUUGUUUAGAAAAAUAGAAAAA